AUAGACAUCCUGCAAGAGGCAGAGAAAACUGACUCGGGGACAUAUCCCCACCUUUCCUUCCUUUGAUGAGACCAAAAUUAAACGAUUCAAUGGUCUAGCAACCUAAAUGUUAUGAUAGGGUGUGAAAAUGAAGGACAACAGGAAAUAUCCAGUUUUCUUCUACAUGUGCUGUUUUUUGGGGUUUCCAGCAUCAGCUACCAUUCAACAGAAGACAAGGUUUCCAUUAACAUUCAGUUCCAACACACAGGCUGACCUCUGCCCAAUUAGAAGGAUUGGCCAAGAUGACUUACCAGGAUAUGAUCUGAUCUCACAGUUCCAGCUUGAUAAAGCAGCUUCCAGAGGCAUUAUCCGGCGAGUGGUGGGCUCCACAGCUUUACAAGUGGCUUACAAGUUAGGAACAAAUGUAGACUUCAGGAUUCCAACUAGAUCUUUAUAUCCUAAUGGAUUACCUGAUGAAUACUCCAUUCUAACUACUUUUCGAAUGACUGGAAGUACGCUGCAGAAGUACUGGAGCUUUUGGCAAGUUCUGGACUCUUCUGGAAAAGAACAAGUUGGAUUGAAGUUUAAUGGACAAGCCAAGUCUCUUGAAUACUCAUAUAGAGGAACUGAUGGAAGACUACAGACAGCAACAUUUUUGGAUUUGCCCUAUUUGUUUGAUUCCCAAUGGCACAAGGUCAUGAUCGGCAUAGAAAAAAGCACUGCCACUCUUUAUGUUGACUGUAUUAUGAUACAGACCCUGAGUAUAAGGCCACGGGGAAAGAUCAACAUCAAUGGCUUUACCACACUUGGAAAACUGAAAAAUAAUCCUCAGAUUUCAGUUCCGUUUGAAAUCCAGUGGAUGCUGAUUCAUUGUGACCCUCAACGACCCCAAAGAGAAACUUGCGGUGAACUUAUUGGCAGCAUCUCGAUAAGCCAGACAACUAUCGAGAGAGGCCCCCCAGGUCCACAGGGUCCCCCAGGCCCCCCAGGCCCACCAGGAGUUCCUGGCAUUGAUGGUAUAGACGGGGACAGAGGUCCUAAUGGGCCCCCAGGCCUUCUGGGCCCAGAUGGUGAACCAGGCAAACCAGGAACCGCUGGAUUGCCAGGAGAACCAGGAGCUGAUGGAUUGACAGGACCAGAUGGAUCAUUAGGCCCAAUUGGACCAAGAGGACAAAAGGGUGAACCUGGGUUGCCUGGAGGCCGUGGACUUCCUGGAAAAGGAAUUCCUGGAUUUCCUGGUCCUUCUGGUAUAGCAGGACUUCCUGGGGAAGUGGGCAGAGUUGGACCACCUGGUGACUCUGGAAAGAGAGGCCCUCCAGGACCACCAGGGCUUCCUGGCCCUAGGGGAAUUGUUGGGCUUCAUGAUGGAGACCCACUGUGUCCUAAUGCUUGCCCCACUGGACGACCAGGUUAUGCUGGGCUAAUAGGCAUGAAGGGUCACAAAGGUGCAAAAGGAGAGGUUGGUGAACCAGGAAAACAAGGCCAUAAGGGAGAAGAAGGUGAACAAGGAGGCAUAGGUGAAGUUGGAACUCAAGGCACUCCAGGACCUCAAGGGUUAAGGGGUAUAACUGGCAUUUUGGGACCUAAAGGUGAUAAAGGUGCUCGGGGCCUUGAGGGAGAGCCUGGUCCUCGAGGACUUCCUGGGGCUUCUGGUGAUCAAGGGCAGAGAGGUGCAUUGGGAGAAAUGGGACCCAAAGGGGACGGAGGGCCACAAGGUAUUAGAGGAAUUACUGGCCUCCCUGGGCCAAAAGGAGAAGGGGGCUUACCAGGAGUUGAUGGCCGUGAAGGGAUCCCUGGCAUGCCUGGAACAAAGGGUGAACCCGGAAAACCAGGCCCUCCAGGUGAUGUAGGAAUUCAGGGACUGCCAGGUUUACCCGGCUCUCCAGGAGCAAAAGGUGUUGGUGGCCAAAAGGGUAACACAGGUGCUCCUGGAAUACCUGGCUUGAUGGGAAAUUCGGGUAAACCUGGAGAACAAGGGAUACAAGGAGGACAAGGCCCAAUUGGACCCAGAGGGCCACCUGGCGGCAGAGGAGAGCCAGGUCCUGCAGGCCCGCCAGGCAUACCAGGUAAAAUGGGUGCUGAGGGUAACCUAGGCCUUCCAGGGUUACCUGGGCCUCCAGGACUUCCUGGUGCUACUGGUGACAGGGGUAUAGUUGGUGAACCAGGACCCAAAGGAGAACAAGGCUCUGCUGGUGGAGAAGGGGAGCCAGGAGGAAAAGGAGACUUUGGCGACAUGGGUUUGCCAGGCCCUAAAGGAUCUGUUGGGAAUCCUGGUGAACCUGGGUCACGUGGGCCUGAAGGCAGUCGUGGUUUGUCUGGUAUAGAAGGACUGCGUGGGCCACCUGGACCUCGUGGUAUGCAAGGGGAACAAGGUGCUCCAGGGCUACCUGGAAGCCAGGGUCCAGCCGGUCGCAUGCCAACUGAUGGACACAUUAAGCAGGUUUGCAUGAGAGUAAUGCAAGAACAACUGGCUCAGUUGGCUGCCAGUCUUCGGAGGCCUGAAUUUGGUGCUCCUGGCCUCCCAGGUCGACCUGGACCACCUGGGGUUCCUGGAUCUUCUGGAGAAAAUGGCUUCCCAGGACAGGCUGGAUCCCGGGGGCUGCCUGGCCUUAAGGGUCCUCCUGGUGAAAUUGGGCUGAAAGGGAUCAAAGGUGAAACUGGAGAAAAGGGGGAGAGAGGGUUCCCUGGUCGAGGGCCCAAAGGGUUACCAGGAACAACAGGACUCCCAGGAGAAGCAGGCAAGGCCAGCUAUGGCACAGAUGGACGAGAUGGUGAAAGAGGCCCACCUGGAGAGGCUGGUCUACCUGGUGUCCCUGGCCCUCCUGGCCCGCCUGGCCCUGCUGGCUAUUGUGAGCCAUCAGACUGUACGGUGCGAGCAGGAAUACGAGCCGGAAAAAACGUGAAAGGGCCAUGAGAAAAGCAACGAUCCAUGUUACUAGCAGCAGUGUACUUAUCUGCACAUACAUUUGACAAGAAAGAAAACAGAAGCAAAGGAUACUGUAAACAACAGAGAGAAUCUUAUGAGACGCUUGACAGACUUUAAUUGAACCAGUUGUCUCUUUCUUUACAACUUGUGCAAACUUUAAAAAAACAAACAAAAUGGUGCUUACAAAAAUGUUACCAGAUGGCUUUUAUUUCUUCUUGUGGUGAAAAGCAGCUGUCUAAUUCUUUUAUUUUUGAAGGGCUUCUUUUUAAAUACUAAUCUAAUCCUUUUCCCAUACUCAUGGUGUACUGCAUCAGAGAGAAUGUUGUAAUUCUGUUAUAGCUGUUACGGUCCAUCACAUUUGUAAAUUAAAUUAAGAUGAUUUGCAUUCAUUUUUGCCACGUGGGUGCUAUGUGUUACCAACCGUGCAUGGCCCUGUCAGUCUGAUUUUAAAUAGACAGACAUGGCUGCCAUGUAAAAUCAUGCUGUAAAACAUAAAAUGUUUGCAUGCUGUAAAACAGUGUAAAUGUAUGAAUGCUGGGCUACCAGGACCACAUCAUGUGAAAUAACCUUGACAUGUAGAGGCAGCUAUUAAUCAUCUGCUCCAAAUCCUGUUUUCACAUGACACUGUCACCAUUUCUACCCUGUACUUUUGUUUGAAAUCAAAGAGGUCAGAAAGCCACUGGUAAGGGGAUUUUAAUCUUCGGAAACAGCUAAGACUUAUAGCUGUGCUUAUUUAUUUUAAAAGCUCUUAAGUGACAUCUUUGGUUGUAAAGGAAAAAAAUGUGGAAAUAAAUAAUGUUUUCUAA